UGGAGAGAGAAGCGAGAGAGAGAGGAUGCAUGAUGUCAACGAUCAAUGCCAUCUUAUCCCUCUUGCAAGGAUGCAAUAGCAUGAAAAGGCUUCAUAAGAUCCAGGCUGUAGUCCUUGUAAAUGGUUACCAGGGGAACCCUGCCAUUUCUGAAAAACUCCUCAACUUUUGUGCUAUCUCAAUCUCAGGAAGCUUAGUGUACGCCCAACUUUUGUUCAAUCAGAUUACAAACCCACAAAUCUCAGCUUGGAAUUCAAUGAUUAGAGGAUUUUCUCAGAGUCCAACCGCUUUGGAUUCAAUUUUGUACUAUAACCGAAUGAUGUUUGAAGGUCAAUGUCGCCCUGAUAACUUUACAUUCUCGUUUCUGCUUAAGGCCUGUGAAAAAGCCAAGGUAGAGAAGAAAUGUAGAGAGACCCAUGGACUGAUAAUUCGAAGUGGAUAUGGAGAAGAUGUCAUUGUCUGCACAAAUCUAAUGAGAUCCUAUGCAGGGAAUGCAUCAAUAAAAACUGCACAGUUGGUUUUUGACAGAAUGACUGAGAAAGACUUGGUUUCUUGGAAUGCUUUGAUUUCAUGCUACUCUCAGGCGGGUUUACAUGAGGAGACUAUUAAGUUAUACAGUCGGAUGAGAACUUUGGAUGUUGGAGUUGAUGCUUUCACUCUUGUUAGCUUGCUUUCCUCUUGUGCUCAUGUGGGGGCACUGGAUUUUGGAGUUGAGAUGCAUAGGUUUGCCAACGAAAAUGGAUUCAGGGACAAUUUGUUUGUGGGGAAUGCUCUUAUAGAUAUGUAUGCAAAGUGUGGCAACUUAGAAGGGGCUCGUCAUGUUUUCUCUAGUAUGCGAAGGUGGGACAUAUUUACUUGGAACUCAAUGAUAGUUGGUUUGGGUGUUCACGGUCAUGGGGAAGAGGCAAUUGUCCUUUUCAAUCGGAUGUUGGCCACCAACAUCCACCCAAAUUCAGUCACAUUUUUAGGUUUGCUAUGUGGCUGUAGUCAUCAAGGCCUUGUUGAGGAAGGUGUUCAGUAUUUCCACAUCAUGACCUCACAUUUUAAUCUGAAGCCUGACAUUAAGCAUUAUGGAUGCAUAGUGGACCUAUAUGGACGCUCUGGAAAACUGGAGAAAGCACUUGAGAUUAUUAGGAGUUUGCCUACCGGGGACGAUCCAGUCCUUUGGCGAACCUUGCUUGGUGCCUGCAAGAUCCAUAAGAAUGUGGAAAUAGGACAAAUUGCCAUGAGCAACCUAGUUCGUCUUGAAUCAGUGAAUGCAGGGGACUGUAUACUUUUGGGUGGAAUUUAUGGUGAAGCAGGGGAUCAAGAAGGUGUUGCAAGAAUGAGAAAAUUUAUUAGAAGUCAAAGAAUCAAGACAAGUCCAGGUUGGAGCUGGAUUGAAGUUGAUAACAAAGUCCAUAGGUUUGUUGUGGAUGAUAAGUCACAUGCUGUAUCUGCAGAAAUCUAUGCAAAACUAAAAGAGGUUAUUUGUCAAGCAAACCAGGUUGGUUAUGUGGAAGGGGAGUCUUUGAUUCCAGUGCUUCCUUGUUCCUCCACAGAAUGGUCAGAAAAUUUGGGCUCCUAUCAUAGUGAGAAAUUAGCGAUUGCUUUUGGGCUGUCAAGAACACUGCAUGGAACAAGGUUGCGGAUUGUGAAAAAUCUGAGGGUUUGUAAAGAUUGCCAUUCCUUUACAAAAUUUGUAUCAAAAGCUUUUAAUCGAGAAAUAAUUGUCAGAGAUCGAGUUCGAUUUCACCACUUCAGGAAUGGAUUGUGUUCCUGCAAGGACUAUUGGUGAAAAUUCCAUAUGUUUGGGUUUCCCUCAUAAAUCCAUCAUAUCAGUUUGGAUAUU